AUGUUGAAAGGAGUGCAACCGAUUCUCACCCAGGGCCCUACGGGCGUAUCACUGCCUUCGAGGCCUUCAAACCCGGAUAUAGCCAUGCCAACCGCCUUCACCUAUCUUCAGAAAGUGGGCAAUCCGAUGCCGCAACAACAUCCGCAAUCCGAAAGAACGAACAAACCACAUCCUACAAGAACAGAUCCGGACAAUGCGCAGACCACAUCUAAAUCAAGAGUCUCCAAAAAAUCCGAUAAGCGCGGGCGGCCCAAAAAGAUCAGCGACGAUCUCACACAAAAGAUGAUUAUGUUGCUCGAGAAUUCGAACGGAGAUGUUUCCUGGGAACAAUUGGGCCACUCGGUUGGCGUCGACGGCAAAUGGCUAUCGAAACAAGCCAGAGAGACCAGGAUGCAGUAUGCUUUGGCGCAUCACAAAUGGCAGAACGAAUGGCGCUCAAUGCUAUUCAGCGAUUUCGUCAAUUUCGGUCUGGGGACAACCCGGAAAGCAAAAGUGUUUAAUAGGAAGGAUGAGCGGCUAUGCGAAGAUUGUCUACAGUCGAGGGAAGAGAUUGAUAAAGCCCUAUUUCAUUGCUGGGCAAUGGUGGGAUAUGAUUACAAGGGACCUCUCAUUUUUCUCGAAACCGAAGAUAACGACCUUUCUGCAAUGAGUCAGCGUGAUUAUAUAUCACAAAUCAUACAACUGCACGUCCAACCUAUCGUGACCGCCCGCCGAAUGAUAUAUCUUGACAACGCCAGCGAGGUAUACGAACAUGCGACGGCCCCUCAAAAUAUGGUACACGCCUAUCUCGACUCGUUGCAUCUACCUUAUAUACAGAAUCCGCCGACCUCGCCUGAUCUGAAUGUUCUCAAAGACGUCCUACUCCUCUUGAAAAAAAGGCUACAAAAGCGAAGCAUCGGAGAUCAGAUCCAGUUAAAGAUCGCGGUAUUGGAAGAAUGGGAUAAGAUAACCACGAAGGAGAUCAACAAAUUGGUAGAUACCAUGAAGUUACGUAUGGAAAAGGUGUUAACGAGGAAGGGAAUGCCCAUAUAG